AGCUCGCUGAGAUAUAAAAACUCAUUGCAGCAAGAAACGUAGUUACUUCAGCUUUUGGCUGUGAUUCAUAAAACAAUAUGAAAGUACCUACAGUAAUUGUUCUCAUUUUGUCGACACUAAGCCAGCUGGCCACGAGAUGUACUGGUCAGUAUUUAGGUAGUGGUGCAAUGGGAGCUGCUCUAGCAGGUAGCAGAGGACCCUCAGGAUAUGGUGGAACAGAAGCAGUUGGUAUGGGAUGGGCUGGAAGUUAUUCACCAAGUUACACACCUGGAGCAAGUGCUUAUGGUGUUGGUACAGCCUAUGGCAAUGUACCAGGCUACGGAUAUCGACCCGGACUAACAUACAAUCCUCUUGUGGACCCUUCAAUGGGUUCUGUUGCGCCCUAUUCCUCUUAUCCGCAAGGUUUCGGGGCUAGUAUGCCAAUUUAUCCUAGUGGAGGAAUGACAUCUGCAUUUGGUGUAGGUGGUAUGCAAGGAGGCAUAUCACCCAUUAGUUACAGUCCACCGUUGAGUCCAGGAUUUAGUGAUGUCGGUGCUCUAGCAUAUGGAUCUGCAUCAGCCGUACCGUAUGCUCCAACAACCUUCAGUGCUCCGUCACCAAUACCAGUGAUUGCUCCACAACAAACUCAAUUGAAUGAAAAUGAAAAUGCUAAUACUAAUAUUAAUAUCAAUCAUGAUAUGGGUAUGCAUCACCCAUCACUUCUUGGAAAAGGACUAUUGGGAUUGCCAAGAAUGUAAAAAAGAUUUGUAUUUAGUAUAACUAUGAAAGCAGUAUCAGCUUUAAAAUUCAGACAUUAAUGAAAGAAUUUAAAAAUCAAUCUCCAGGUAUUAUUUGAAUGGAAUUGCAUGAUUUAUUUCUGAAUGAGUUGUAUUGAUAUAAUAAUAAAUAAAUA